UGUAAAAACAAUAAUAAUCACCUCAUUUGACUUGCGAGAGUUUUAAAUAACAAACAACAUUUGUUUUUGUAGUUUUGCAUCCCAAUCGAUUCUUUGAUUAAAUAUUCAGUUCGAUUCAAUUAUUUGAUUUAUGCCUUCGAUAUUGAUUCAUCUUCUUCAUGUUUAUUUUCGAACAGAAACGACGUGUUAUUGUUUAUCGAUUUAAUGUGAUAACUUUUAUGAAAUAAAAAAGAAACAUUUGAAAAUCCCAAAACUAUUGUCAAUUGUAAAUCGUGCAAAACCAGAGGAGGGAAAAAUGUCAUCACGAAGCCCAAAUUCGCUGCUUUCGACACCGUACGACGAAACAUUCGAUUAUUUAUUUAAAAUUGUAUUGAUUGGAGACUGUGGUACAGGGAAAACGUGUGUUGUUCAACGAUUCAAAACGGGACAAUACGAAGAACGACAUGGAAAUACAAUUGGUGUGGAUUUUUCCAUGAAGACGGUCAAUAUCGAUGGCAAAAAAAUUAAGAUAACACUGUGGGACACAGCUGGACAAGAGAGAUUCAGGACAAUUACUCAAAGCUACUAUCGUUCGGCUAACGGAGUUAUUAUUGUGUACGAUAUCACAAAGCGAUCAUCAUUUCUGAGCAUACAGCGCUGGAUCGAGGAAGUUCGACGAUACACAACUUCUGAUGUUAUUCUAAUUUUAAUUGGAAAUAAAUGUGAUUUGGAGGAAGAACGAGAGGUCGAACUGAGCGAAGCUCAAGCAUUGUGUCAAUACAUCCCCGAAAUAUCAUUUGUAAUGGAAACGUCCGCAAAAGAAAAUACAAAUAUCAAAGACAUAUUCUAUUUAUUAGCAACCGAACUAAUGCAACGGCAGUCAAAUUUAACGGCAGAAGAAGAUGUAAACCAGCCAAGCAUCACAAUAACCGAAGGACAACCGGUAAGCAGUUGUUCUGGAUGCAAGUUUCUGUGAUAAACCAAAUAGCGAACAAAAUAAAACGAGAGCUUCAAAUACUAUUCGGCACAAAACUACUUCCAAGGCGGCGCACGAACCGGAUACAACUCGAAUACCGUCGUCAGUGUAGUCAAACAAUAUCUACCUAGGACAAAUCGGAAACCAAUUCGAUCAAUACCUACUUCAUGUUCAUGGAAAAAGGCGCUUUAAAUAACAUAUAAAAUAACAACCUUAUGAUUUACUCUACGUCAAUUCUAGGCGUAACCAUUUGACGUAUUCGUAUGAUUUAAAUUAUACCGGAUUGUAUGUGAUUUUUGUUUGUCUUAUUUUGGAAUUUUGUAUUUGUGUUUUUUUUUCUAGCAUUUAAUUUUUGACAUGUCGUCACAAGCGAACGAAAAAAAAAACAAGAGAACAAAAUCAAUUGUAACGAGCCAAUAAUAAUUUGUAUAAAUACCCUAAAUGCAAUAAUAAACGAUCACAUUAAUUAA